CGGGGCGGUAAUUAUAGCUCUCACAGAAAGCGCCCGGCUGGAGAGUCAGUGUAUGCGGUGGCUGAGGAGUACUAUUUCUCCCUAAGAUGGGUGCGUGCCUGGGAGUAUGCUCGCUGCUGAGCUGUGCCUCCUGUCUCUGUGGUACAGCACCAUGCCUCCUCUGUGGAUGUUGCCCGUCUACCAAGAAUUCAACGGUUACCCGUCUGACCUUCUCAGUCUUCCUCCUCCUUGGAACACUUGUGGCCUGCAUUAUGAUCAUACCUGGUGUGGAAGAUGGACUUAAAAAGCUCCCAUGGUUCUGCUCCUCCUCCACAUCAAUAUCUGGUUCUGUGAACUGUGACAUCCUUGUUGGUCACCAAGCCGUUUACCGUAUGUGUUUUGCUCUGGCGGCCUUUUUUUUCCUCUUUGUCAUAAUAAUGAUCUGUGUACGAAGUAGCCGGGACCCAAGAGCAUACAUACAGAAUGGGUUUUGGUUUUUUAAGUUCCUGAUUUUGGUGGGAAUCACCGUUGGGGCAUUCUUUAUACCUAGUGGAGUAUUUACUACAGUGUGGUAUUAUUUUGGCAUGGUUGGUGGUUUCCUAUUCAUCAUUGUGCAGCUCAUCCUGAUUAUUGACCUUGCCCACUCUUGGAGUGAGGCCUGGCUCCAGCGGGCUGAAGAUGGCAACACCAAGUGCUGGUAUGCUGGUCUCCUGAUAUGUACAGUGCUACUCUAUGCUGCCUCAAUCACGGCUAUUGUUUUCCUAUAUAUUUACUACACCAAACCAGAUAAUUGUGCCCCCAACAAAGUGUUUAUUAGUUUGAACCUGAUAUUCUGUGUCAUUAUUUCUAUAGUAUCAAUUCUACCCAAAGUCCAGGAGGUUCAACCACACUCUGGAUUAUUACAGGCAUCUGUUAUAACCCUGUAUACCAUGUUCGUCACUUGGUCUGCUAUGGCGAAUGUUCCUGACAGAAAUUGCAAUCCCACAUUGCUGGCUAUUGUGAACAACGGAACCACAUCUAGCACUUCCACUACGGUUCAGUGGUGGGAUGCUCCAAGCAUUGUUGGACUUGCGAUCUUCAUUCUAUGCACUCUGUUCAUUAGCCUCCGCUCCUCCAGCAACCAGCAAGUGAACAAGCUGAUGCAAACAGAGGAAAGCUCUGGAGAUGGUGCGGUCCACAGUACUGAAGAUGGGGUGCACCAUGCGUAUGAUAAUGAAGAGGAUAAUGUGUGCUACAAUUACAGCUUCUUCCAUUUCUGCCUUUUCCUCGCCUCUCUUUACAUCAUGAUGACGCUAACAAAUUGGUAUCUGCCGGGGUCCUCUGAUAACUCCUUGACCAGUCCCUGGUCAGCGGUGUGGGUGAAGAUUUCCUCCAGCUGGGUUGGACUCCUCCUUUACCUGUGGACGUUAGUUGCUCCUGUGAUUCUCUCUGACAGGGACUUCAGCUGAUUGAAUAAAGCAACUGACCCUUCACAUCUAACUGCUUCUGAUUUUUAUUUGUUUAUCUAAAUACCUCAUUCUUCAACAUUUGUUUCAUUCUCUUUUAGACCUGGAUUAGAUUACAUUAUGUCCCCGGAGUUGCUGAUUAAAUGUCCUGUUUAGAUUACGUAAUCCUGUUGACCUAUUCAUACAUACCAUGUUUUGUAAUCCAGGCAGUCCAUAGCACAUGGCUAUGUGUUCUUGUGUGUGUGUGUGUGUGUGUUUUUUUUUUUUAAUCAGGUUUGUGUAAUAUUGUCAUACAUAUUUAUGUAGCUUGGCCCUCACAGCCCUGCAGCACCACCCUUAGGAUACAAUGAAAUGCAUAAUUGUGUAACUAGAAGAAUUUAAACUAUUACAGAAGCCUUACAGGAAGUCUUGAAUCCUGCUUUUAUCUACUUUUGUAAAAUAUAUUUUUUAUACUUCUUUGUGAUGUCUGUAACAUUAUAAAUAAACAAGUGUAAAUGUU